CCGGUUCAGGAUUCCGAGCCUAGACCUGAUGAAGUUAUGCUUUCGCAAGCUGAGUCUCUGCGUUUGGGAGGUUCACAAAAUCUCCGUUCAUUCAUAACUCCCUCCAAGUUACUAGCUGCCGGGAUUGGUGUGAUUCCUUCCACUGUCGUUCGGCGUUCUGCUCCUACUUCUACACCGGCCCCCUCGGGGAAAGGCAAGGAGAAAAUGACGCCCGUGGAUUCAAAUGAUGCCGACCGGGUACGUAAGAAGCGUCGGGUAGAUGACGCCAUCCAACUCAUCCCGAUCGAUCAUGUGGUGGAUCUGACUGGCCCGGAGACUGAGCCAAAAAUAUAUGUGCCUGCCAAAACAAAAACUCCAGUUCUUUCUGACGUGCCGGCCGACGAUCGGAUGUUCGUUGAGUUUUCAAACAUGGGGCCUAGAGCAGAAGGAAGGUACAUGUUUCCAUCAUCCAUGUGGUGCAGUACUUCCCUGAAGGUUCCCCCUAGCUCCACAAAUCUAACUCACUGGUCUGAUCUACUUGAGGCAGGUCAUCAAGAGGCACUCAAGGCCGGUGUAUAUUAUCACAAGGCUUUCCUGGCGGCCGAAAAGGAAAUGAAACUCCUGGCCAGCGAUCGGGACGAUAGCCAGGUCCUCCUUUUCGCUGCUCGGAAAUUAGCUGCAGAUUUACAAGAACGCGCCAAUGAAGGCGAGAAGGCGAA